AUGAGGAAUUUUAGAUCAUCAGUUCUUGUGGUGCUAAGUCUGAUCAUAGUUACCAAUGUCGCACGAGCGAGUUCUGAGAGCAAGGUUCAUAUAGUGUAUUUGGGUGAGAAGCAGCAUGAUGAUCCCAAGCUUGUCACAGAAUCCCACCACCUUAUGUUGUCUUCCCUUCUUGGAAGUAAAGAGGAUGCGCAUGACUCAAUGGUGUAUAGUUACCGACAUGGAUUCUCAGGGUUUGCAGCAAGGCUCACCAAGUCCCAAGUCAAGAAAAUUGCUGGUACUCAUUGUUGUCCCAAGUCCCAAGUCCCAAGUAUGUUUUUAUUGAUGGUGCACUUCAUUUUGCAAACAGAUUCCCCUGAAGUUGUUCAUGUCAUGCCGGAUGGUUACUAUGAACUUGCGACAACUCGAACUUGGGACUACUUAGGCCUCUCUACUGCAAAACCGAAGAAUCUCCUAAAUAAUACAAACAUGGGUGGUCAAGCUAUCAUUGGCGUUGUUGACACAGGAGUGUGGCCUGAGUCUGAAUCAUUUAAUGACAAAGGAGUUGGACCAAUACCGAACCAUUGGAAAGGAGGAUGUAAACCAGGAGAAAAUUUCAAAUUAACUAAUUGCAACAGAAAACUCAUAGGAGCAAAGUAUUACAUCAAUGGGUUUCUUGCUGGAAUCGAAGGAUUCAACUUCACAGAAUCAUCUGACUACAAUUCUGCUAGAGACUUUGUUGGCCAUGGAACGCACGUAGCCUCUACGGCGGGUGGUUCAUACGUUCCUGACAUAAGCUACAAGGGACUCGCUAGAGGAACCUUGAGAGGUGGUGCACCUCGUGCUCGCAUAGCAAUGUACAAGGCUUGCUGGUAUCUAGAAGAGCUAGGCGGAGUGACUUGUUCAUCUUCUGACAUUUUGAAAGCAAUUGACGAUGCUAUUCAUGAUGGUGUUGAUGUUUUGUCACUCUCUCUAGGUAGUCAAAUUCCUCUGAAUUCCGAAACCGAUCUGCAUGAUGCGAUUGCUACCGGAGCAUUCCAUGCAGUUGUAAAGGGUAUUACGGUUGUUUGUGCUGGUGGUAACGCUGGCCCAUCAGCUCAGACAAUUGCAAACACGGCUCCUUGGAUACUAACAGUGGCUGCAACCACUCAAGACCGGUCUUUUGCCACGCCUAUUACACUGGGGAACAAGAAAGUUAUAUUGGGUCAAGCAAUGUACACAGGCCCAAAACUUGGCUUCGCCAGUUUGGUUUACCCAGAGGAUCCAGGGAACAGUACUGAGACAUUUAACGGUGACUGUGAGUCCCUGAAGUUCAACUCCAACCGUACAAUGGCUGGGAAAGUUGUGCUGUGUUUCACAACAUCAAGACUUUACGCCACUUUAUCGAGAGAUGCAUCUUUUGUGAAAAGUGCCGGUGGUCUUGGCCUGAUCAUCGCAAGAUCCCCCGGGUACACUCUAACUCCAUGCAAAGAUGAUUUCCCAUGUGUUGCCGUUGACUACGAGCUUGGGACAGAUAUACUUUUCUACAUUCGUUCCACUAGAUCACCUGUUGUGAAGAUACAACCAUCUCGAACAAUGGUAGGACAACCUGUAGGAACAAAGGUGGCAACUUUCUCAUCAAGAGGGCCUAACUCUAUCUCUCCAGCAAUUUUAAAACCCGACAUAGCAGCACCAGGAGUGAACAUAUUGGCUGCUACAUCUCUGAAUGCCACCAGAAACGCUAGAGGGUUUGCUAUGCUUUCAGGAACAUCGAUGGCGGCUCCAGCAAUUUCAGGAGUUAUUGCACUUCUCAAAGCUUUGCAUCCUGAUUGGUCUCCUGCGGCUUUUAGAUCAGCUAUUGUCACUACAGCUUGGAGAACUGAUCCGUUUGGAGAGCAGAUAACUGCAGAAGGGUCGUCUCGCAAAGAAGCUGACCCGUUUGAUUACGGUGGAGGCCUUGUGAACCCUGAGAAGGCUGCAGAUCCAGGUCUCAUAUACGAUAUGGGCCCACAAGACUACAUUCUCUACUUAUGCUCGGCCGGUUACAGCGACUCGUCUAUCUCUCAGCUUGUCGGUAGAAGAACACUCUGUGCAGACCCAAAACCUACCAAUAUAAACCGGCUGAUACCUUCGGUUUUUAAUAUGAACUUGCCUUCGAUCACAAUUCCAAACCUCAAAGAUGAAUUCACCCUGACCAGAACAGUUACUAACGUUGGACCAGUUAAUUCUGUCUACAAAGUCGUUGUCGAGCCUCCGUUUGGGGUUAGAGUGGUUGUGACGCCCAAGAAACUAGUGUUUAGCUCCAAAAUCAAAAGGGUCUCCUUCACGGUACGAGUCUUGACCACACACAAAAUCAACACUCGGUACUACUUUGGAAGCUUGAUUUGGACUGACAAGGUGCAUAACGUGGUUAUUCCUGUGUCUGUGAGAACACAGAUUCUGCAGAACUACUUCGAUGAGAACUGA